AUGGACCAAGGAGACUACUUCCAACCGCUGGCUCGCCGGCCAGACGACCAGAAUAUGCCCGAAGCCUCCAACGACUCCGACACAGACAUGGGCGCAUCGGCGUCCGCGUCGUCGGCGGCCAUGCGCCCCGGUAACAUGUUCGUCUCGCCCACGGCUCACUCCCGCAAGCAGAGCCGCAUGUCUCGCUCCUCCGCACCGCGCCCCAUAAUAACACCCACGAGUCCGCUCUCCUCGACCAUUCCGCACAACACGCUUCCUUCUGCACCGGCGUCUCCGCCGACGCCCGCUCCCAGUCCGACCCCCACCCAGCGGGUGCCGGACUGGAGCACCGCUGCCGAACAUGAGGACUCGCAGAUUAAGAACACGCGCGUGCUGUUCAGCGAUAUGAAUAGGCCCGAGCGGCUGCGCCUGCUUGGGGAGCUGCUCAACUUGUGCGACAGCCAUGAGCUGAGCUUUGUCGCCGAGUUUGUCAGCCCGAGGCUGAAGAAGGACCCCUUCAUGGUGCUGCCCACAGAACUCUGCUUCAGGAUAUUAGAAUGCGUCGACGACCCCACAACUCUCGCCCGCGCUUCACAGGUCUCAAAGAAGUGGCGCGAACUUGUGAACGACGACACCGCUUGGCGGUUACUUUGCCAAAAGUUUUCAUACAGGGGCUUGUCAAGAGAAGAGAGGAGUGAGGAGGACGAUCCUGGCGACGAAGAGGACUCGUCCAAGUCGCAAUGGUUACAGCCCAGCCGUGCCUCGCGCUCCGAAGACACGGCUAUGAAGGAGCAGCUGGACGGCGCCAAUUCAAAUGCAGCAGGAGAAGGGUUACGGACGCAGAGCCUGGAUCGCACGUCCAAGAGGAAGGAGAUAUCACAGAGGUCGAAGGCUACCACGUAUCGGUCGCAUUUCAAGCAGCGGUACCAGGUCGAGACGGCAUGGCGUCAGGGUGGCCACUGCGAUGCGCGACAGAUUACACCGGAGCAGGGCGUUGUCACGAGCCUGCAUUUGACCAAAAAAUACAUCGUCGUGGCCCUGGAUAAUGCCAAAAUACACGUCUUCGACACUGAGGGCUAUCACCAAAAGACGUUACAAGGGCACGUCAUGGGGGUGUGGGCAAUGGUACCCUGGGGUGAUCUACUGGUCAGCGGAGGAUGUGAUCGCGAUGUGCGAGUCUGGAAUCUCGCGACAGGUUAUCCGCAGUUCACACUUCGGGGGCACACCUCUACCGUGCGCUGCCUCAAGAUGUCCGACGCACACACGGCCAUCUCAGGAUCGCGAGAUACCACCCUCCGGAUAUGGGAUCUGAAAAAGGGCCUUUGCAAGCACGUCCUCAUCGGGCACCAGGCCAGCGUCCGCUGCCUCGAGAUUCACGGCGAUAUUGUUGUGUCUGGGUCCUACGAUACGACUGCUAAGAUCUGGAGCAUCAGCGAGGGCAAGUGCCUGCGUACCCUUACCGGCCACUUCAGCCAAAUCUAUGCUAUUGCCUUCGACGGGAAAAAGAUUGCGACGGGAAGCUUGGACACGAGCGUCAGGAUCUGGGAUCCGACUGACGGGAAAUGCUUGGCUGUGUUACAAGGACACACGUCGCUCGUAGGCCAGUUGCAGAUGCGCGAGGAUAUACUCGUCACGGGAGGCUCGGACGGCUCUGUCAGGGUAUGGAGUCUUGCCGAUUAUCAGCCCAUUCAUCGACUAGCGGCACACGACAAUAGCGUUACGAGUCUGCAGUUCGACAACACGCGUAUCGUUAGCGGCGGGUCCGACGGCCGUGUCAAAGUCUGGGAUCUCAAGAAGGGGACGCUCGUCCGCGAACUUAGCACGCCUGCAGAAGCAGUGUGGCGGGUUGUGUUUGAGGAAGAGAAGGCUGUGAUCAUGGCUGCGAGGGGGGGAAGGACCAUCAUGGAGGUAUGGUCUUUUGCGCCCCCAGAAGAUGACUUUGAAGACUUUCGGUCCUCUUCUCCCAUGAGCAUGCCUGACCACAGCUCUGACGACCUCUACGCACAUCCUCCUACUCGGCCUGUAUCUGCUCUUCCUUCUGCUGCUUCCGCACCCGCCUUGCAACAGGUGCCGAGCCCGAAUCCCGCUACCGAUACCGAUACCCCCAUGCCCGACGCGGGAAUGCCCGCAUAG